AUGACUCCUUUCUAUAACGUCAACACCAACAACCGUGGCAUGCUUGUCAUUUCCACUGAGCCUUCCUUGAACCUUGUCAACGAGCAACGUCGUCUUGGUCUUUUGCAGCAACCAUCAUCCUUGUACCCAUUCCCAUCGGACGUCGAGGUGUAUAUGCAAGCUGUUGAAGCAUGUCCCAUUGAAGGCCAAAAGGAUGCUCAAGGCAAUGUCUUCGUUGAACUUUGGGUGAUCAAGAAGCAACAACCUCAGUUCACAAGCAGCAGCGAGAUCCAAUCUGCCAUUGUUGCUGACCAAUUGAAUCGUCGUGGUGCAUGGAACAAGACCAUCUCGGUCCCCUUGCCCAACUUUGGUGACAAUCGCAAGGUGUUUGUCAAGGUGAUUGAAAAGGAUAUUGCCGAAUUGCAGCAGUAUCAGGCACUUUACCAGCAACAACCUUUGUCGCAUGUGCACUUGCAACAAUCGCAACAACAGCAGCAAUUGGGUCAACAACAUUUCCAGCAACAACAGCAGUUGAAUCAACAUCAUUUCCAACAACAACAACAGCUGAACCAACAGCAAUUCCAGCAACAACAACAAUGCCAGCAGCAAUGCCAUCAACAACAACAGCAAUGCCAACAAGGUCAGCGUGUGUUUGGCCAAAAUUUGAUGGAUAACGUGUAUGUCAACUUGUUUGACAACAUGUCUCCUAUGCAACGGCCAAUGGGUGGCAACGCUUACUUUAAGCUUCUCGACACCACCAACCUCACUGUGGAUGGCAACAUCUAUGUCAAGGUGCCACAAAGUGAGUUCCUCAAUGUACCUUCUGCUGCUGCUGCUGGCAUGAUUCCCAACAUCAGCCAUGCCCCUGCCUUUUUCAAGGUGCUUGAUCCAUCCAUGAUCACUCCCAAGAGUGGCAUUACUCAAAACCAGGUGUUCUUCAAGGUGUUUGACAGCAACCCCUAUGCCAACAAGAUCUAUGUGCAAUCUCCAUUGGAGCAACAACAGCUCCUUCAGCAACGUGGUGAAAAGGCUGUAUUGGUUGAAAAGGCUUUGGGUGAAGCUGAACUUCAACAACUCCGUCAAAGCAUCAAGGUGCUUGAUCGUGACAUGUUGAUCGAUCAACCAACAUUGGGUGCUGCUACUGCUACUCGUGUCCUUUACCAAACGAACCCCUUGUCGCCUCUUCAGCAACAACAACAACCCAUUCAAAUCAUUGAGACAUGUCCUACCUCCUACCUAACAACCACCCAACAGCAAGGCAACGUGGUCUUUUUGAACCAAGGCAUGGAUAAGCAAUGGUUCACCAUCCCUGCUGGACAAGCCUACUCCUCCGAGCAUGGUAACCUUCGCUUGAAGAUUGCCAUUGAUCCCGCUGAAGCUUUGAACAAGCAGCUCAUCCAUCAACAGCAACAACAGGGUGAAUGGAUCGCUGUCAAUCCAGCUCGUCAUCAAGGUACCAUGUUCUUGAACAUCACUGUCGAGAACCCCUUGAGAUCCCGCCUCUAG